UAGGACCAAGCGUCUACUUAACUCUUUACAACUGUGGGGUUGCUCGAGUUGAUUUUAAACAAAGUUCCUGUCUCUGUUUAAGCCCUCAAAUUGUAGAUAGAAGCAGAGUAACUGAGGAGGACAGGAGUUAGAGUAUUCAUACAGCUUUUUCUUCUUUUUUGGACGAAUGAAAGGAUCCUGACGACGUUCGUUUUACCUGCGGCUGGGAGCGACACCUGCCUCAGGUACUUUCAUUUCACAAGUUCUACUCUCAUCCUCCACAUUUGGACCACCCUUCCCGGGUAAGUGUAUGUUCGUGAAUAUUCGAGGGGAGCAUUUACAGCUAUGUGCUCCAGUGGACGUCCUCUGUGUACAGGAAACAGGCGUUCGCCAACCAGUCGAGAGGGCAGUAGCUCAGGUUCCCAGUAUGCUCUCUGUGCACUGGGAGUGGGCCUGGUGGCGCUUGGCGUUGUCAUGAUCGUGUGGAGCAUAGUCCCUUCUGAUGGGACACAGUCGCACAAUGCUACAACCACAGGCAAUGGAAGUGCCAAUGGGGAUGAAGUAAAGACAUCGUCUGUUGCUUAUGUGCUGGUUGGAUCUGGUGCUGCCAUGUUGCUCCUUGCUGUAUGUCUCGGGGUGAGGAACAAGAAGCGGAUGAGACAAAGGGAAAGAGGUGCAGGCGGUGCUGAUUAUGUGGAUCGUGUCCAUAGAGAUCAGGAUGAGGAAUCAACUGGUGAACCAGUUUCACCCAGCUAUGACGUCCCCACCUAUGAGGAAGCAGUCACCAGCGGACGGUACCCUAUUCGACAGAGCAACUUGCGACAGAGUUACCAGCUGCCCUCGUACGAAGAUCUGAUUGGUGCCGUCGAAAAUGAAGGCCAGCAACCGAGAGAAGGUAAUGGCCCUCAGCCAGCUCCUGGCCCCGGACCCCAGCCUGCGGCUCCCACCUCCAGCUCUCAGCCCGCCCGCAGCAGCAGCAGGGCCAGCCGCCUCCUCAGACCUCUACGAGUGCGCAGAAUCAAGUCAGAGAAGCUCCACGUAAAGGAUAUUCGUUUGAAUAUCCAAAACCCUGAACAGAGUCGGGUGGCCAUUGAACCACUGACCCCUCCACCACAGUAUGAGGACAAGCCCCCUCAACUACCCACAGAAGCGGUGUAAUCAUUCAAUCACUGGAUUUUUGUCAAGUGUUUGCAUCUGUGGGUUGUUUGGAAAAUGUUGACUCAUCUGUGCAGAAGCAGAAAGUUUCAGUGAGAGCUAUAAAUGGAUCUCAAAAUCUGCCAAUUUAUGAAAUAGGAUAUGUUCAUGUGCACUGUCAAUUCUUCUUGGACAAAACACUAAAGCCUACUUGACUGUUGUUUUAACAGGACUUUCAAUAUUCUAAGAAGGAUGUUACAGUGAUGUAUUGGGGGUUUUUUUAACUGUAAGAAGGAUAUGAAUGCUGCAGUGCGUCUCUUGAGAGAUAAAUUGUUUUUACUUCCAAAGAACUACAAUGUACAUUACUAAAAAUUCUUAAAGAAUAACUUAUAACUCAAGAAUCCCAUCAAACAUUUGUUGCCAUGAUUGAGAUGCCAAAUGAAAUGCCAAACACUAGCAUGUUGUCUUAAAUCUGAAUGUUCUUGUUUUUUUACUUUUUUUUUUUUUUUUUUUUACUCAGAAUAUAUAAUACAUUUGAACCAGAGGUGCUAAUUUGGCCAAUUUUGCAGGAAUGCAAAAUUUAUUUUUACAAUAGAAGAUAGAAUUCUAACUAAUUUGCUUAACUAAUUUAUUCAGUCCCACUCCGAUUAAUCCAAUUAAUAAUAUAAUAUAAUUUUCCAGUAUGUUUUCAUUAACGAUGUGUCACUGUUUGUUCUGUUUGCAAUUAAUUUUGCCUCUUUUCUUUUUUUCUUUUCUUUUUUUCUAGAUUUAUUGUUUAUACUUUAUUUUAAGGGUGCAAAAUGAAGACUUUUUGAAUUAGAAGGGAAUUGAAGAUACAUUAAAAAUUCCUACGAGAAUUUUGAGAAUAAUGUUAUUUUAGAACAAAUUCUGCAUUAAUAUGAAAUUCUAAUAAGUGAUAUAAAAAAGGGGGAAGGUCUUGAUAAACAAAAAUGCACCUUGGGGACUUUAAAAAAAAAAAAAAAAAAAAAAAAAAAAAAAAAUUAAGGGAACUCAACACUGAAUUACUGAAGUGCAGAUGUGAAUUUUAAAGAUUAGGCUACAAUUCCAAACUCAGUUUCGCUGGACAAACAAACCCAUCAUGCUGCAGAUUAACCAUUUUCAUGAAGUCAACAUAAAAGUGUUGUUGAUGUCCUUUUGUAUGAAGCUAAAUUGCUUUCACAGACUGCACCUUUUAGGAAACGCUUUUGUUUUAUUUACAGUUUAGUUUGUUAUAAUUCAGUUUAAUUAUUUGAUUGGGGUGUAGAAUCUUGGAAAUGGAUGUCGUUACUAUUUACUUGACAAAAGGAAUACGAUUAUGGGUAGUUGAUGUAAUUAAUAUUUUAAAGCAGAAAACCUCUGUAUUUUAUUUAUUUCUUGUGGGAGUUAAUAAAAUGUUUUAAAUCUA